CAUUCUUUCACCCCUCCAUAAUAAAAACCCUCUCUCCCCUUUCUUCUGGUAUCAAACUAUCAAGGACCACUCUUGUUAGUGUCUCCACAUUUUCUUUGUGCAGUUUCUUUGUAUUAUAAGCCAAUAUUACACUAUAAAAAUAACAAUGUUAGCAUCGAAAUUUCUCUUUUCUGUCUCAUUUCUCCUAUUCUUUCUUCUCCAUCCCACCAAAACCCUAGCUCAAGGUCCAGCAGCCGCUCCGGCACCACCUGGCCCCACCAACGUUACAAAAGUCCUUGAAAAAGCCGGUCAAUUCACUGUCUUUAUCCGGCUACUUAAAGCCACACAAGAAGAUGUUACGUUAAAUGGUCAACUAAAUAACACAAACAAUGGUAUAACCAUAUUUGCACCAAGUGAUAGUGCAUUUCAAAGCCUAAAAUCAGGUACUCUUAAUUCCAUUAAUGAUCAAGAAAAGGCAGAGCUUGUUCAAUUCCACAUUAUCCCAACUUAUGUAUCAAGUUCCCAGUUCCAGACUCUUAGCAACCCUGUGGCUACACAAGCAGGUUCAGGUGACAGGUUUCAGUUGAAUGUUACUACAACAGGAAAUGCAGUGAAUAUUUCUACUGGACUCACAAAUACAAGUGUAUCAGGCUCAAUUUACACUGAUGGGCAACUUGCAGUUUAUCAAGUUGAUAAGGUUUUGCUUCCCAUAGACAUUUUUACUCCUAAACCUCCAACUCCAGCACCGGCACCGGAAAUUUCAAAGAAAAAGAAGGCUAAGGCUAUUGCAGACAGUCCAGUUUCUACUAAAGAUGUUUCUGGUGCAGAAAGCUUUAUUAUUAGUAACAAUGUUGUGUUGUUUGGGGUUGGUAUAGUUACUGCAAUUCUUUCUUUGUGACAUAAAAUGUUCUUGAUGAGGCAUGUUGGGGUCAGAUCAGUUUCUCAAUGGUGUAUGGUUUUGAUAAGUUGGGUUGAAUAUGGUAAUGGUGGUGGUGGUGGUGGUCGAGGUAUAUGGUGAGUGCUUUUGAAUAAUUUCUGCUUUCUUUUUUUUUUUUUUUUUUUUUUUUUUUUUUUUUUUU